GCCUACGCUCUAUGCUUCAUAUCAUGCUACUUCGGUCCCUUCCGGGCUGCCGUGUUCGGUGCAUCGGCUGCGGUACUCGGUGCACUCUCAGCUGGUUUCUGGAGAGUGGAUGACGGCGUUUCUGAAGAAGCAGAUGAAGUUAAACUUUUGAAGGAAGAGGAGCCGACAAAACUUCCAACAGACGACACAGCUUCCGUUGUUUCCAUCGAUAAAGCCCUUGGCAGUGACAAGAUCAUAUCCGUCAUCGUUGGAUUGUGUGCGUUGUCAUGGCUAGUACGUCAUGAUUCCGCUCUGCUACUCAUUCUGAUCCCAUUCAUCUUUGCUUCCAUCCGCAGAGCCGGCUCUAGCAGUGGUUUUACUCCGGCUCUUUAUGGAGGUUUGUCUUCAUUCUGGGAGCGUGUAUAUCCGCAUGUCAAGAGAGUUGUUGAUAUCACCGUGGCAGGACCAUUACGUCAGUUUGUGAAGGUGCUUUUUACCUCAGACCAAAUGUUGGUUGAGUCUCUACAUUCAAAGAUGGAUUUCCUGUCUUCUGUUGUUGUCAUGCUUCUCCUAGCAUUGUCGGCAAUUUCCGCCCUGACAUUUGUUGGAUUCCAAUUGCAUAAUGAAACGGUUCGAGCUUUUUUUUUUUUGCAAAUGUAUUCGAUUUUGUUGGAACGGUGAUA